AUGGCAGGACACCAUUCGACGGCAUCCGGGAGGCGAACCAGCGGAAACAUUCACAAAAUUCGCGAGUUCGAGCUGGACAAGGUUACCCUUUCCGACGAGUUCGACAUUCUGCAGAUCGUCGGUGAGGGCUGGUUCGGCAAGAUUCUGCUCGUCGAACAUCGGGCCACCGAUACGGAGAUGGUGCUGAAGCUGCUGCCGAAGCCGUUCGUAUCGCUGACGGACUUCUACAAGGAGUUUCACUUCAGUUUGAACCUGGGCUAUCAUAAGAAUAUCGUUACCACGUACGAUGUGGCCUUCGAAACGGCCGGUUUCUACGUGUUUACGCAGGAGUAUGCACCGUUGGGUGAUUUAACAUCCAAUGUAUCGGACAGCGGAAUCGGAGAGUUACACACGAAACGGGUCGCACGGCAGCUGGCUUCUGCAAUCGACUAUAUGCAUCAGAAAGAACUCAUCCACCGCGACGUCAAGCUGGACAACGUGCUGGUGUUCCGGUCUGACUUCGCCCGCAUUAAGCUGUGCGAUUUCGGCGAAUCACGCCGAAUUGGCGAGGAAGUGCUACGGCGGAACGAGUGGCUACCGUACAGCCCGCCGGAGGUACUGACGGUUAAAACCGAUGAUAAGUACAAGACUGAUACUGCACACGAUGUGUGGCAAUUUGGUAUUGUAUGUUUUGUUUGCUUGACAGGAUGUCUGCCCUGGCAGAAGGCCUCCGCAGAUGAUCCUCGUUUCUACAGAUACCAACAAUGGCACGGAGCAACGCUAACAUUUCCAAUGAAACGAUGCCCGAAGCUGUUCAAGCUGCUUUCGGCAAGAGCUUGCAAGAUCUUCAAAAAGUUUCUCGAUCCACGACCAGAACGACGAUUGAAAACUCUCAGCGAUGUGCAGAAGUAUCUCGAUGACAGAUGGCUUGCGAAGAGCGCCGAAAAAGAAAUGGCUGACAACGAGCCGGAUGAGUUGUGUCCCUCCAUGUAUUCCUUCCAUAGCAGCGUAGAAGAGAAGAACCGAUUGCUGUCUACGUUGGCACAAUGUGGCAUCGAAACCACCGUCGAUCGUAUCGAAAAGAAGAACCGAAUCCGCGACUGGAUUCAAUCGUCGGUGAUCGUGGAGGAAGAAGAGGAGGAUGACUCCGGAUCGGCUACUCCGACUUCCACUGCUUCCAGAACAGCAAUUCCGGGUCACGUUUCAUCCGUAGCAGCCAUGGAGCGAGCAGAGAAGAAAAUUAACACUACAGUAAAAGAUGCCUCCCAGAAGCACAUCGAUCCCAGAACCGGGAACAUCCAGCUGAGCCCUAGCGAAAUGGGAUCGGUAUCGGCAAAUCAAACGGAAAAGUUAAAAAAUGAUCGUAACAACAACCAAAAAUCAACCGGCAGAACCCAAGCAAAUGGAAGUCAGUUCAGCUCGACCCGAUUUUAUGAUGCCGCAGUUCCAAUCAACCCGCUGACUUCUAGCAAUAGUGUUCCCACGGCACAAAGCUUAAUGAAAGCGUUUAAUUCAAUAGCGGCAGUCACACUUCCGGAAGUGAAUGGCACCAAUCGUAAUAAUGGCCUAUCAUCAUCGAGAACACCACAGGACUCUGCCGUUCGAGACAGCGGCUACGGUGGCUCGGUUGAAAGCAGCUGGAAGAGUACCGGAAUAGUGAAACGAUCACCCGCACUUUCCAAACGUUCCGCCAUGAUCAAAUCGGAAAACACCAUCCACCGAGAGGAGGAUGAACCAGAAGAGGCUGAUCGGGAGUUUUCCAACGAUUUUGAAGACCUCGAGUUGGACCGGGGAAUCAACGAAUCCAACGGGAAAAACACGGCCAAAGACAGUCCGUACGAUAAGUUCUUCUUCCGGAGGAAGUGA